UUUCUCCUUUUGGUGUGGAUCCGCUUUCAAUGAUUGAACAUUUCACCACCAUCUAUAUAACUCCCAUCAUCUUCACUGCUUUUCUUCACAUAAUAACUUGGCCAGUGUCCUUAACAAUAAUGGCUGCCACGCCUCCUCUCUCCUUCCUCUUCCUUUGCCUCACUUUAACAGUACUGGCCUCGGGUGACGUGCCAGUCGUCGGCCAUGGGCAACCUGCGGAAGGGAGGAGCGAGGAGGAAGUGAUGGCGAUGUACGAGGAGUGGCUGGUGAAGAACCAGAAAGUGUACAACGGGAUAGGAGAGAAGGACAGGAGGUUCGAGGCAUUUAAGGAGAACUUGAGAUUCGUAGAAGCGCACAAUGCACUGGACAACACAACGUACAGGCUCGGGCUGAAUAGAUUUGCAGAUUUAAGGAAUGAGGAAUACCGUGCCAUGUAUUUGGGAACGAGGAUUGAUCCAAAGCAAAUUGCCAUGAAAGCUAAGAACACUCCCUCUCAUCGCUAUGCUUAUAACGCCCGUGAUAGAUUGCCGCUCCAUGUGGAUUGGAGGUUAAAGGGUGCCGUUAAUCCUGUCAAAAAUCAAGGAACUUGCGGAAGUUGUUGGGCAUUCUCAACGGUCGCGGCUGUAGAAGCCAUAAAUAAGAUCGUUACCGGCAAGCUCGUGUCGUUGUCGGAACAAGAACUGGUGGAUUGUGACAGAGCAUACAACAACGGGUGCGACGGUGGUCUCAUGGACUACGCCUUCGACUUCAUCAUUGGAAAUGGUGGCAUCAACACGGAGGAUGAUUAUCCUUACGCCGGCGUUGAAGGUCAAUGCGAUCCAACCAAGAAGAAUGCCAAGGCAGUGAAGAUUGAUGGGUACGAGGAUGUUCCACCGUACAAUGAGAAUGCGUUGAAGAAGGCUGUGGCUCAUCAGCCCGUGAGCGUUGCUGUGGAAGCUGGUGGCUGGGCUUUCCAACUCUAUCAAUCUGGGGUAUUUACUGGUGAGUGUGGGACAAAUCUAGAUCAUGGAGUGGUUGUUGUAGGAUACGGUACUGAAAAUGGAGAGGAUUAUUGGUUGGUGAGGAACUCGUGGGGUGCAGCUUGGGGAGAGGAUGGUUACAUCAAGAUUCAGCGUAAUGUAAGAAGCACCAACACUGGCAAGUGUGGCAUCGCGAUACAGCCCUCUUAUCCAGUUAUGUAUCCCAAAAUGUCCCCAAAUCUUCUUUCAACAUAUGCCACCAUUGGAGCGAAGACCAGCAGCGCUUGAAUCUUGGAACGCCUUCAUGAUCACUUUGUUGAGAGGAAGUGAUGUUUCAGUUACCUGGUGCUGUCUGGGGUUAUUUUGCUUUUCUGCGUCUACCAAAAACCAAUCUGGUCAUGCUUAUUCGGCUCAUCAUUGUUGUAUAUAGGUUUCCAAUUGUCAAAACGGCUCUUGGAAACAAAGUCAAGGUGAUGCCACUCAAUGUUAUUUCCCUUGGAUUAAUUGAAAAGGAAUUAUCAAUUAGUUCCAUUUUCUAUUUGCAUCAUUCCAGAUCCAUGUUGU